AUGGGUAGUGUCAGCAGUCUCAUCUCGGGCCGUCACGGCUUUCACGGCAAGCACUGCCGGGCAUCACAGUAUAAGCUGCGCAAGUCCUCCCACCUCAAGAAACUCAACCGCUACUCGGACGGUCUGCUAAGGUUCGGCUUCUCCCAGGACUCCAGCCACGGCAAGUCCAGCUCCAAGAUGGGCAAGAGCGAAGACUUCUUCUAUAUCAAGGUCAGCCAAAAAGCGCGGGGCUCCCAUCGCCCCGACUACACGGCCCUGGCCAGCGGUGACCUGGGGGGCCAGGCCGGGGUGGACUUCGACCCGUCCACCCCACCCAAACUCAUGCCCUACUCUGGCCAGCUGGAAAUGGGUUCAGAGAAGGGUGCGGUGAGGCCCACUGCCUUCAAACCCGUGCUGCCCCGUUCCGGAGCCCUCCUGCACUCCUCCCCGGAGAGCACCGGCCACCAGCAGCUCCACGUGGCUCCCGCAGAUAAGACCAAGGAGCAGGAGCUAAAACCCGGCCUGUGUUCAGGGGCACUGUCCGACUCAGGCCGGAACUCUAUGUCCAGCCUGCCCACACACAGCACCACCAGCAGCUACCAGCUGGACCCGCUGGUCACACCCGUGGGGCCCAGCAGCAGCCGCUUCGGAGGCUCCGCCCACAACAUCACACAGGGACUCCUCCCCCAGGACAGCAACAUGAUGAGCUUGAAGGCACUGUCCUUCUCUGACGGUGGCAGCAAGCUGGGCCACCAGCACCAUCACCAUCAGCCUCCGGGUAAAGCAGCAGCGGUGGCUGUAGCGGACAAGGGCUUGUCUUGUGUACGUUCCCCACUCUCCACGGAUGAGUGCAGCCUGCAGGAGCUGGAGCGGAAGCUGCUGGCGCGGGAGAAGCUGCACCGCAGCUUUGAGGAGAAAGAGCUGGUCCAGGAGGAGCGCCCUCGCCGUGCGAUGGCGAUGGCCGUGGCGGGUAGGGAUGAGCCGCCGGAGGGCCACAGCAGGCUCAAACCGACGCAGGCGUCGCAGAAGAGCCAGCGAGCCCAGCAGGUGCUGCAGCUGCAGGUGCUGCAACUGCAGCAGGAGAAGCGGCAGCUGCGGCAGGAGCUCGAGAGCCUCAUGAAGGAGCAGGACCUGCUGGAAACCAAACUGCGCUCCUAUGAGAGGGAGAAGACCAGCUUCGCCCCGGCCCUGGAGGAGACCCAGUGGGAGGUGUGCCAGAAGUCAGGUGAGAUCUCGCUCCUGAAGCAGCAGCUCAAGGAAUCGCAGACUGAGGUCAACGCCAAGGCCAGCGAGAUCGUGAGCCUGAAGGCACAGCUGAAGGAGGCGCGGGGCCGGCUGGAGGGCACCGAGCUCAAGACGCAGGACUUGGAGGGCGCCCUGCGCACCAAGGGCCUGGAGCUGGAGGUGUGCGAAAACGAACUGCAGCGCAAGAAGAACGAGGCGGAGCUGCUGCGGGAAAACGUGAGCCUGUUGGAGCAGGAGCUGCUGACACUGCGGGCACAGGCCACUAGGCCACCUGUGCCACCUCCGCCACCGCCCGCCGGGCCCGCCCCGCCCCCAGGGGUGGCGCCCGAGGACAUCCCAGCCCUGCAGCGGGAGCUGGAGCGGCUGCGUGCUGAGCUAAGGGAGGAGCGGCAGGGCCACGAUCAGAUGUCCUCGGGCUUCCAGCACGAGCGGCUGGUGUGGAAGGAGGAGAAGGAGAAAGUGAUCCAGUACCAGAAGCAGCUGCAGCAGAGCUACCUGGCCAUGUACCAGCGUAACCAGCGCUUGGAGAAGGCGCUGAGGCAGCUGGCCCGCGGGGAUGGCGCCGCCGGGGAGCCCUUGGAGAUUGAGCCCUUUGAAGGAGCUGACAUCCCCUACGAGGACAUCAUAGCCACAGAGAUCUGA